AUGUUUGCGGAAUGGGAGGUGCUUAGCCCAACGUUCGUGCAAGGGCAGCGCAUCUCCAAGUUCGUCUUCCCUCCUAUUGAUGAUCCAUUGGAUGUAUCCGACUUCGAAGUCAGCGCCGUGCCUGAACCCCCACGAAAGCGAAGCAAGCUCUUCUUCCAAGGCACCCUUUGCCGCUCCAGCUCGGUCAACAUUGACGUGAGGCCCUCGGCCACACCGGAUGAAGAAUAUGUGGACUCGCCGAACAGCACGUACCUCUCCGGCAAUGGUGCGCCACGCGAAAAGAAGCCGCUGAAGUGCCUUAGCGCCAGCUAUCUCGAUACGGCUACAACACAAUUCACAUUCGCCGAAGUGGAGUACACGCUGCCGACAAUUCCCAGCAACGAAUGCAAAAGCUCUUCAUCAGCAUUUCGCUAUAUUUCGAAAGACACAUUGGCAGAACAGUUGAAAUUGCACGGCGAGGGCUUCAGUGACAUCUACGUCCUAAUCGAUUGCCGAUACAAAUAUGAAUAUCAGGGCGGGCAUGUCAAGAAUGCAAUCAAUUUCACCGAUCCAAAGUUGAUGGCUGCGCAUUUCUUCCCCGAGGAUCCCGAACAAUUUUCCGUCAUUUCUAAGAAGAUUCCAAUCUUCUAUUGCGAAUAUUCCGAAGUCCGAGGGCCUCGCAUGGCCGGUGCAUUGCGAAGUAAAGACCGAGAACGACAUUAUGACGACUACCCGUGGAUCGACUAUCAAGAAAUCUAUGUUCUGCAUGGCGGCUACCGCGCUUUCUACGGUGCCACUGAGAUCGUCGCACCGAACACGCGGUCUCUUUGCGUCCCAGAGGACUAUGUCGCGAUGGAUCACCCCGCUCACAAGGACAAGUUGAAGCUGCAUCAGGCCCACCGCCCCCGGAAUGCAAUCUCACGAAAAAUUCCAGCUUCAACCAGCCGGGCUGCUCUACACGGUUUAUUGUUGAAAUUGUUGAUGGAGAGUCUAUCUAUAGAUGUAGACGUGAAGAUCGAGCCCAGCCAUGAGUCACAAUCCUCAUCGAGCCCCUGCGCAGCAUGUGGGCUGAAUGAAGAUGGGAUCGAGAACACUUCAUUCGUUGAAUGUGAUGAAUGCAAAAAGUGGUACCAUGUCUCGUGUGUCGAUGCCGACGAGAUGACCACGUUUGCCAUCAACAAAUUUCAUUGCCCAACAUGUGAAGAAACUGUCGGAAAAUCUGUUUUCUACGAGUUGCUGGUCCCCCACCGACACAACUAUUUCAAUAUUGAAGAGAUGGAUGAAAAAACGCAGGUGGGCUCGAAGAAAUGGAUCGAAGAUUUCAUUCUACGUGAGAAUCAGAUCCCGCCAUUUCCGGUCCAAGACACCGAUGUGAACAAGUUCCAAGUGCAUUUGCUGGAUAACGGCUAUGCCCUCCAGUAUCACUUCAAUGGGACAACAGAAUGGAAGCAUGUCUUCAUUAUCAAGCACCCAAUCGGACUGAAACUGGAGUUACCUCCACCCGAUUUCAAGAUCGAGGAUGCGCUGAACGUCAUGGGUCCGCAUACCCAUGUCGACACCAUAGAUGUUUACCGACAGGCAACCAAAACCAUGCGGCUUGAUCGUUUUGUCGCGGAAUGGAAAAAGGAAGAACGGCCUCGGCUCUACAACAUCUUGAGCAUGGAGUUCUCGAAAUCCCAACUACGUCACUAUUUCAAGCAGCCGAAAUUGGUGCGCGACCUUUCCUGGGUUUCCCUAUACUGGCCAGCGAUCCCCGUCGACCUGACGGAUAUUACACGUGACGACCUGCCUGAAGUCCAGCCAGAAUCUUCAGGCACAAACCCCGCUAUUGGUUUCACCGAACGCAAGAUGAGCCCGCGCUCAUUGGAGGCUGAAUUUCUCUUAAAAGAGGAGUCCGACCAUUGGCCGAAGGUGCAUGAAGAUGAUUACGGAAAGCGUCCCACCGUCGAGUUGUUUUGUCUGAUUGGUAUGAAAGGCAGCUACACGGAUUUCCACAUUGACUUUGGCGGCAGCUCUGUUUAUUACCACAUUUUCCGAGGCAAGAAGAUCUUCUACUAUGCGCCACCCACCGACGAAGUGCUAGAAAUCUAUAGGAAUUACUCCAAAGAUAACAAGCGGCAUGAAGAGUGGCUCGGUGAUCAGCUUCGCGCAAUAAACUUACUCUUCCGGGCCGAGAUUGAAGAAGGCCAGACGUUGCUCAUCCCGUCCGGCUGGCUGCAUGCCGUCUACACCCCUGUCGACUCGAUUGUUUUUGGCGGAAACUUCCUCCACAAGUGCAACAUAUCAAUGCAACUACGGGUCAAUGACAUUGAAGAGGAGGCCAACAUUGACGAAAAGUUCAUGUUUCCGGAUUUUCGCUUAUGCAACUGGUAUGCGGCCAAGGCGAUAACCGAGGAAAUUCAAGAAUGCAACAAGGAACAUGAACUUUGCCCCGAGCACAUCUACCGGGGAUCGCAAGAUUUGUUGGAGAAGCUGUACAUAUGGUACGAGCAGGACAAGGACCAGCUAGACAAGUUUGGCCGGUCCAUUAUUGGCAACUUGGAAAAAGAACUCAAGUCGCAGAAGAAACUACGCGCUAAAAAGAAAAGACGCAGCGAAGAUGAAUUUGGUGUGGAGAUUUAUACGGAUGAUUUGGACAAGAAGCGACCCCGCAAACAUAACGUCAAGAAGUCGAGCCCAGUGCUUAUUCCGCAGUCAUCGACGGCUAAUACAGAGGUUGCCAAUGGUGAUACCGAUCAUUCCGAGAGGUGCGAUGCGGCAAAACCCGAGACAGAUAGUUCCGGACUCAAACUGGUUAUUCGACGUGAGUCGCUUGCGGAUUCGGCUCCAGUAGAAAUCCCGCCACUGAAAAUCAACGCCCUUAAAGAAGAGAAAGACCAAAUGUCAUCAAUGUUCUCGGCGCCGGCCUCGAGCGGACGUCGCCGUAAACCGACUGCGAUUGCAAAGGACUUUUGCGGCGAGGAGCUGGCCAUCACCGCCGAAGCCGUCGCUGUGGAGAAAUCCCUCCCCGACUACAGCGAAGAAAUGGAUCGCAUUGUCCACGAAGAGGCCCAUGAGUUGCAGCGCGAAGAGCGCAAGAAAAAGAACUCGAAGAAGAAUGCCGGCGAUAAGCUAAAAGAAGCCAACAAAGGGCUCGCCAGUCAGCAAAAUGGCUCCUCCAAACCUGCUCCAAAGAUGGCCAGUGCGAAGCAGCGUCUGGCGAAAAAGCUCAAGCUA